AGGCAGGGGUGGAGAGCGCGGUGCGGUGCGCGGCGCAUCGUUAAACCACUCUCGACCCGUUCGCAGCCCCGGCAUCACGCUCCAACGACCCAUCUUACCCGAUAGUUGACAUAAUAUCCAUCAAGUAGCGCUCUCCGCUGAACAUCAUGGAGCUCAAGUACUGGUGGUGGAUGAUGGCAGGACUGGCCCUCUUAUCGGUAGCGGUAGUUGCCGCAGAUGGCGAGGUGUGGGAGGAGAAUGACCAUGAAGUUCUCAUUCGAAGCGCAAGAGGCGCAAAAAAUAGAGAGGCAUGUCGAUAUGUGCGCGGUGCUUGGAGCGAAUGUGACUCCAAAACGAAUAUCCGCUCAAGGAAGUUGACUCUGAAAAAGGGCGAUCCGGCUAACUGUGAAGUUGUUAAAACCAUCCAGAAAAAGUGCAAGAGAACUUGCCGCUAUGAAAAGUCAUCUUGGAGCGAAUGCAGCAUCAAUGGGGAGAUGUCCAGGACCGAUAAGCUAAAGUCCAACAGCGAUUCGACUUGCGACCAAAGUAGGCGCAAAACUCGGAAAUGUAACAAGAAUAAGCAAGUCAAGCUUGCUAAAGAUAAGGGUCGCAGAAAUCGCCAGUAAGGACAUGGGCUGCUUUGAAAAUUUUACGAUAAUUAUUAAUGAACAAUGUUUAUUCGUUGAUUCUCAUUUAUAUCUAAGCCUAGUGCCAAGUAGUUAUAUAGCUAAAUAUGAGAUUUCUUUUAAUCUUUCAAUGAAGCAGUAACUUUUACACUAGUUACAAUUUUUAUUACAAAAUCAAUUUAUCUCAAUACUAUUGGUAUUGUAUUAAUGUUAGAACUUUUUAGUAGAAUAUAUGUUUUAUUAAUUGUGGUAAGUUAAAUCUUUGAUAAUAAGAUAAUAAAAU